GUUGGUGGCUGCUACAGCAUCUGACUGGAUAGAGAUGGGAGCCCUGGGAGCAUCUUACUUGCCCAGGGUGGGUGGCACAGGCAUAGGUGCCAUGCCUAUGGGAUGACCCUGGAUCAUGUCCCUGUAGUGCUGAGCCUCUCUUGACUGGCUGUCACAGGUUCUGCACACCGCAGCUCCCCAUAACAAGCACAGAUGUCCUGGUCAACCCAGGGUGUGGGGGGGGGCCUCUUUAGGAGAGUGUGGGGCUGGAGAGGUGAGUCAGGGCCAGAAAGCAGGAGGGUGAGCUCAUGGCAAAGCUGCCCCAGUCAUGUGGAGCAGCCACAGCUGUCAGUGCCCUUGGGCUGUGGGACAGAGAGGCCAGCAGCAUAAAGCCCCACAGCCAGCAAAGCCACCGGCAGCACCGGGACACAGGACUGGGAACUCCCUGCCCCUGGUAGCAAGAAGAAGAGGACACAUCCAGAGCACAGGACUGUGCACUGCAGGCAGACAUGGAGCUGGAUGUGGAACGGGCCAAGGAGCUCAUCGAGCAGAAGCUGGCAGAGGAGGAGAAGGAGGAGAAACUCAGAGGAGAUGGAGCACGGGAGCCACCGGCCGUGGAGCGGAUGAACACACCUGACCUGGAGGAGGAGAAGCACCAUGGGCCCAGGAACUGGGGCCUUGAGGCCAUCAAGGGCCAGGAGAAGGUGCGGAGGAGCUCCAUGGAUCUGAGGCGGGAGAUCAUCGACGUGGGGAGCAUCCAACGGCUCAUCGAGCUGCGCAAGCAGCGCCGGCAGCGCCGGGCAGAGCGGGCAGCCACCCCCGAGCCCGCUCCACCACCUGAGCCCCUGGAGAUUGAUGGUCCUGUGGAGCCAGAGACCUUCCUGCGAGCUGCUGUCCAGGGCAAGAUGCACAUCAUCGAGAAGUUUCUGGCAGACGGUGGCUCCCCUGACACUUGUGAUGAGUUCCACCGCACAGCCCUGCACCGCUCCUCGCUGGAGGGACACAUGGAAAUCCUGCAGAAGCUGCUGGACACUGGGGCCACUGUUGACUUCAGGGACCGGCUGGACUGCACAGCCGUGCACUGGGCCUGCCGGGGUGGGCACCUGGAUGCUGUCAAACUGCUGCAGGACCGCGGGGCAGACCUCAAUGUGAAGGACAAGCUGCUCAGCACACCCCUUCACGUGGCCACCCGAACCGGACACCUUGACAUCGUGGAGCAUCUCAUCCACUGUGGGGUGGAUAUCAAUGCCCCAGACAGGGAGGGUGACACAGCACUGCAUGAUGCCACACGGCUCAGUCGCUACAAGAUCAUCAAAACGCUGAUCCUGCAUGGGGCUGACAUGAUGGCCAAGAAUGAGGCUGGCAAGACCCCGACAGACCUGGUGCAGCAGUGGCAGGUGGACACACGUCAGGCGCUGGAGACCAAAGAGCAGCCACAAGGGGAGAUGGAGGUCCCUGCAUGAUGGCACCAGGCAGGGACCAGGGGCUGGGCCCAGCUCCAAGGAGCGGGAUCCAAACAAAACUUGUCUGUGUCAAUAAAAGUCA